AUGGCGCAGCGAAGGGCAGCAGAGCAUGGGCCUUGCCAAACGGAGGCGGAGAGCGCCAGGCAGCAGCGGCAGCUUCUAGAAGGGAAAGCUCUGGCAGAAGGUGGAUCAGCUCGGACAUCUCUUCUUAUUUUAGUGUCCAUCUUCUUAUCAGCUGCUUUCCUUAUGUUCCUGGUAUAUAAAAAUUUCCCACAACUGAGUGAAGAAGAAAGGGAAUGUAUAAAGGUUCCUAGAGAUAUGGAUGAUGCAAAGGCCUUGGGAAAAGUCUUGUCCAAAUAUAAGGACACGUUUUAUGUUCAAGUAUUAGUGGCUUAUUUUGCAACAUACAUUUUCUUACAGACAUUUGCUAUUCCUGGGUCUAUAUUUCUCAGUAUCUUGUCAGGGUUUCUUUAUCCCUUUCCGCUGGCCUUAUUUCUUGUUUGUCUGUGCUCAGGACUUGGAGCAUCCUUCUGCUAUAUGCUUUCAUACCUAGUGGGACGUCCUGUUAUAUACAGAUAUUUAACAGAGAAAGCAGUAAAAUGGUCAGAACAGGUUGAACGACACAGAGAACACCUCAUUAACUACAUAAUAUUUUUGAGAAUAACACCAUUUCUUCCCAAUUGGUUUAUCAAUAUAACAUCUCCUGUAAUUAAUGUGCCAUUGAAAGUAUUUUUCAUUGGCACUUUCCUAGGUGUGGCACCACCUUCUUUUGUAGCUAUCAAGGCAGGAACAACACUGUACCAACUUACAACAGCAGGGGAAGCUGUUUCCUGGAACUCUGUGUUUGUUCUCAUGAUUCUAGCCAUCCUCUCCAUCCUACCAGCGGUCUUCCAGAAGAAACUGAAACAGAAGUUUGCAUAAGGAUCAAACUGGACCAGAGUUUUUCAUAUGUCAUCUCAGGAUCAGCACUUCUGAUAUUUGUAUAUUUGCCUUUCUAUUGGAUAUUAAGCAGUUAAAGGAGAGGCUUGUAAUUGAUAAGAAUAUCUUUACAUGAACACAUGGCCUAAAAUGGAAGGAACUGUGUUCAGAAAUGUACUGCAUAUAGUUUUGUAACAAAACAUCAGCGAUUUAUUUUGGGAGGGGGUGUGUGUGUAUCCCAGAAUGAGGGAAGUGAAAACACAGAUGUAACAUUUUCCUAUAAUUAUAGGCAGAGCAAACAUUGAAAUGUAGACAACCUAGAAAUAAUGCAUUAAACCCCCCUUCAAGUA